GAUACAAUUCGUCACUUCCGUUUUAUUGCGUCAGCGUGGAGAGGAAGGAGAAGGCUGCUUGCACUACGACGGUCUUGUCUCAAUUUAGUGCGAGUUAUAUUUAAUAAUCUUCAUCGGGAAGACAUGAGUGACAACGAGAAGGAUUUCGAGGAGCGGGAGUCCCGCUCGGCUUCCAGGAGCGCGAGUCCGCAGGGCUCUGGUAAGUCAGCCAGUCGCUCCCCGGCCCAGUCUCCUGCUCCGUCCAAGGAGGGCUCCCAUCACUCCCGCUCCAAGUCCCGGUCCCGCUCCAGGUCCAACUCCAGGUCUCGCUCCCAUCGAAGCUCCCGCCGGCACUACACCCAUUCCCGCUCGCGAUCACGCUCCCACCGCCGCCGCUCACGCAGCCGGUCCUACAGCGGAGAAUCCCGCCGCCGCCGCAGUCACAGCCACUCGCCCAUGUCCAACCGCCGCCGCCACGUCGGCAACAGGGUGAAUCCGGACCCCAACUGCUGCCUGGGUGUGUUUGGCCUCAGCCUGUACACCACCGAGAGGGACCUGAGGGAGGUGUUCUCCAAGUACGGCCCGCUGAAGGACGUCAACAUCGUGUACGACCAGCAGUCCCGCCGAUCCAGGGGCUUCGCCUUCGUCUACUUCGAGAACCGAGAGGACGCCAAAGAGGCUAAAGAGCGUGCGAAUGGAAUGGAGCUGGACGGCCGAAGGAUCAGAGUUGACUUCUCAAUUACGAAAAGGCCUCACACUCCAACACCGGGGAUUUACAUGGGCCGCCCAACAUAUGGUGGUGGUGGUGGCGGCGGUGGUGGUGGCGGCGGCGGCGGUGGUGGUGGGGGAGGAGGUCCCAGUAUGAACCGGCGCUCUCGUGAUUACUACGACAGAGGGUACGAUCGAGGCUACGAUCGCUACGAUGACCGGGAAUACUACAGAUCUUACAGACGCCGAUCUCCGUCUCCUUACUACAGUCGAGGAGCCUACAGGUCCCGCUCGCGUUCACGCUCCUACUCCCCGCGACAUUACUGAAGGGAUUGACAUUUGGACACAUCCGUGAAUGAGCUCCUAUUGAAGGACGUUCCCUUUGUCCUGGUCUUUUUUUCUUUGCGUUUGUACACAUUACAUGUGCAUGUAUGAUGUACAUUUCAUAUGAUUUGUGCAUUUCUUAUUCAUUUUUAAUUAGCUGAUGUAUGCAGAUACCUGUUUGAUACUUGUACCCGAAACCUGUUUGAUCUGUAACAGCUAUGCUAUUGCAGCUCCCCAGCUUUAGUACCUAGUUGAUGGUUUUGAGUUUGUUGUAUUAAAGAAAUAAACUGUCUUUUCACAGCUAUUUGUCCUUGAUUCUAUGUUACCCAUCCCAUUUGAAAAUACAUGUUUUUGUUUUCUUAAACUGAUUCCUCCCUCCCACUUGUCUCAGUGAAUGUUUCUUGUUGGCAAGUUUCUUGUAACACUGCAUUAUGUGGUAAUUGUCGGUUCCAAAGCUCUGUUGACUACUUUUCCUCUGUCAUUGUCCUCAAUCACAUGAUCCAUAUUGCAUCAUUCAGGUUGUGUACAUGUCGGUUGUGUACCCUUCCUGCAAUGUGUAACAUCCUGCAUAGUUACACGAAGAAGUGUAAUUAUGAUCAGUACCUAUGUAGUUUUCCGCAUUACAUGCCAGGAUAAUGAUGAACCAUAUAUAUGGUAAACAAGCUUUGUUAAUGCAUGUUAGUUAUUGGACUUUUUACCAUCUUGAAAUUUCUGCCUGUAUGACCCUCUUUAUGAUUAUUCGAUAUUUAACCAUUAAAUUACUUUUGGUUCAUGUGAAUUUUUGUUGACUUCCAUCAAAUGUUAUCAAGCUUAGAGUGAAGAUGUAGUUACGUUAAAAAAAAAAACUUAGAACUUAUCACCAAACACUUCAAACUUCAGCGGGCAGCUCUGUACGUUUCCUGUUUAUCUUUGUGACGGCUGCCGAAGAUGAAGUCAGAUUUCCCAAUUAAUAAAGUUAAUUUGCUUAAA